AUGCUUCCAGAAGUUGAACAAAUCGGCCAAGCAUUAAAAAACGAUUCCCAAGCAAAGCAAGACAAGUUGAGACAACUCACGGCUUUGAAAAUAGUUCAGCUCUACGAAGAAUUGUAUCCACUUUCGAUUGCUCGCCCUUCCGGCUUUUCGUUGGUGUCGAAGGUUACACAUUCGAAUAUCACCGCAAUGGUUCUGGAACGAGAUGUUUCUGAAUUUACACCCUAUGACUUAGUUUGCUUCAAUAAGCUCUUGGAGAUCCAAUCCUACGAACAAAACGAACAGGAACUCAAAUGGUGGUCAGCUACGGAUGGACGCAACUCUCUUUUCACCACCUUGAUCCGCUUAACUGUCGCUGUUCCUCCAUCUUCGCGAGCCAGAAUACAAGAAAGGAUAUUGAAAUUCACUGAAACCUCUCUCAUAUUCAAGAAGGAGUUAUUGGCAUCCCCAAUUGCAAGCUUGGUUCGUCUGUGCAACAAGAUAAAUGAAAAACAAGUUUACACACUCAUGGACCUGUCUCUUGGGUACGCUACCAAAACACCAUACAAGUAUUUGGAUAUGUCCCACCAAGAGUUUGGCGACGUGAGUCCUUUCAUCGUUGCAUUGUUCGAACAGUAUAUAUUCAACCGUUCAAAAUCCGUGCUCGAAUGGCUUCAAGUACUUUCUCGUGAAUUGUUAAUCAUUGGUGAACCUGAAGAUGGACUUGUGAAAAUGUGGAACAAAUUCAUUCCGGAAGAAAACAUAAAGGAAAUUUCUUUGGUCCAUGUUAAACACAACGAAGACAGUUUUGCGGACUUUAUUAUGGGUAAAACUGUCAAGGAAUUGAGAAAAGACAAGAGUUUGAGUCAAAGAGUCGUAUUCACAAGCACCGACUUUGCUGCCUUGUGGUAUUUCAUGAAGACAGCAAACAUAACGUCCUCAGAAAAUGAAGUAUUUGCUGACUUGGCGUCCAAAGCGGCACAAUACAUGGCUUACAAUGUGCCAAGUAAUAAAUCUUUGGAGGCGUACAUCUUCAAGCGUCCAUUUUGGGGCAGCUUGUCAUUGAGUAUGGAGGAUCUUAGUUCUGGUUUGAGUGUCGAUACAGCUUUUUCUUCCGAGUUGCUUAACGAAAUCUACAGUUCGGUAUAUGAUGUAAUUGACGAUACGAAACGAAGUCAAUUGCAAGACACCGAAUACGUGAAAUUCAUUCUGGAUUGUUUCCAUAAUUCCAGCGAUAUGGCAAUCGCUAGUCAAGAGUUUUUAUGCAAGUUUUCUUGGAUUUUGUCUAGCAAAGCUGUCUUAAGUUUGAUGGACGAAAAUGUUGGCAAAGGAGUUUUGAAACAUCUUUUUGAAUUGGCCAUUCACAGAAGGCUAUCCCUUUCUGUUGGGUCUUUAAUCAGAGUUUUAGAGUCCUCGGAACUUGAACUUCCUGUUCUUAAAAUUGCCAUGUCAUAUGGCUUGAUUCAACUUGAUGAACAAAAUCUCAAGAAAGUGGUUGGAACAAUAAUCAGAAGCAAGUUUAACAUUCCUCUUUUGAAAGUUCUCAUCGACAAUCAGAACAACAAGCAAACUUUGACAGAAAUAAUCUUGGCCGAUAAAUCUCAGUUUUUAGGUACUGCCUCAAGUAUAUCCAUUGCGGCUGCUAUCAGCGGCUCGUUCAAUGUGGAAAAAGUCCGUGAAGAAGUCGGUGAUGAUUUGAGUUCCUUCAUCUUGGAAGUUGUGCAAUACAUUUACGCUUUUCUCGAGUCUCUAGAGAACUCUGAAGAACACUGGCAAGAAUGCUUGCAAGUUUUAUCUUGUGGUUUACAAUUGGGUAUCGCUGAUGCUACUGAAUCUUUCGAUUUGGUUGUGAGAGUGAUAAAGAAGAAUAGUUCUAGUUUGGCUUUUAAUUGCCAAUUUGUUACGUUCUUGCAGGAGGCGGUGAAAGUUGACAAUCUUGUUCCUCGAGCCAUACCAUGGAUUCAAGGUAUUCUCCUAGUUGUCACCAAGCGAUUUGCAGAAUUGACCAAGCAAAACCAAAGCUUUGAUGAGCUUAUCGACUCGUUGAUCAAAUUGCUUUCCAGCCUCAAUUCUGGAUUAUGGAGUCAGAUUUCUGGUCGUAUCUUGGACACUCAACUUGAGGUUAUAUUACAGCAUUCGCAGUGGAUCUUGAAUGAGCUUUAUCUUGAAUAUGUUUGUUCUAUAAUCUGCUGUGCAAAGCAUUCCGAGAUUGACGCUUCUAAAUUUCUUCAGAUCUUCAUUAAUAAUGAGGCAAACAUUUUAACGACAAACUUGGGCUCUGCCAGUAUUCGCUCGUACAGUGGGUUGAUAAUUUUCCUAUUGUAUUUCAAAAAUAGCAAGCAGGCAGCCCGUUUUUUGCAAAACAACUUGAUCUGCUACUACUCGGGGUCUCUUCGUCCAGAAGACAUUCUCUUGAAACAAGUGCUUCAAGAUAUAGAAGCCAAAGUGAAUCUUUCUUGGGUUAAUGAUGUAGCAAGAUGGGAUGUGGCCGAAGAGCUCAGCGAAUCCGACCUUAGUUUGGUGACCGAAGAGCCACUCAUCAAAAAUUCAAAAGAUUCGUUGCUGGUUACCAUAUCUAAGAACACCAUUAAUAACACUAUACGAGGAGGAGCCGUCUCUGAUAUAGAGACUCCUGCGGCACUUUCCAAGAUCAUACAGAAGCAGAAGGUUCAAACGUCAGAUUUUCUAAAAGAAAUCAAGUCAUUUUUUACAACCAAAGAAAUCCGUCUUAAUGGUCCUUCAAGUUAUGAUCCACAAUUCAUAGCCAUGGUGACCUUGUGUCAUAGUGAACUCAUCAGCCUCAGCACAAAUGAAAACGGAGAUGAUGUGCCAGUCUUCAAUGUGAGAAAUAUUAUAGAGACAGGGAUUCUCGAAAUUCUUGUUCAGAAUAUUGGCAAUUCUGCAGUUCUGGAAUCUGUAACGAGAAUAAUUGGAGGUAUUGCAAAAUCUGACGCAGGUUUCGAAACCUAUAAAGACAAGGUGAUAUUCAAAGUUUACUUGAACAUCAUUCUCAACACGAUAAUAAAAAAAGUUGAAAUUCCAAACUUGGUAUGGAAUCUCUAUGGUGCUUUAAUACCAAUUUUGAGAAACCCAGGGCAUUUCAUGUACGAUAGAGCUUAUCGAUUUGUGCUCUCAAACCCUUCAUUGCGUGCUCAUGAUAUUCCAAUGUACCAUGGUAUCACCAAGUCACAAGCAAUUGAAGGUGCGGUAGCUGGUGAGAACUACUACAAGGAAAUCUCGUGGCUACUCGAAGCAUUGACUAGUGGAAUAUGUUCUGAGGACUUGAGACUCAUAGGUAACCAAGGUGUACUUGAAUGGGCUCUUGAUAUUCUGAACUCACCGUAUACACCUCCCAAGACUUUCAGUGAAAUAUUGAAGUUCAUCUAUAAGAUCCAGUCGCUUGAUAUGGGCAACGAUUUACUAAUUACCAAGUUUGGUGCUCUUGGGUAUAUUGAACAAAAGCAGAGUGAUACGAAAAGAUGGAAAAAUAACGUUGCGUCAGCUCAAUUCGAAUUGAAUUACAAGCAGUUGUUAUUAAGAUUCGGAACUUCUCAGGCUACAAAACGGACUAAGGAGUGGACUGGUGGGGACAAUUAUGUCAAAAGGCUUUGCAACGGUGCAUAA